AUGCUGGAAUACUACCGAUCCCACCAUAGCAGUGAAGUCAGGACGAAUCGUUCACGACGUCAGGGGAGCUCGAAGAGCUCGCUUCGCCGAUCGGAGCACCAUCACACGGAGAAUUCAUCAAAGCACCGCCACACUCGCACGUCGUCGAGAGCGCCAGGGCCUCUUUUGCAAUUCCCCUCCAACCAAGAUGAGGCCUCCAUGAGCGACCUCUACAUAGAUGAUGAUAAAUCCUUUUUUCAAGGUAUUUUCUCUCCAUUGAACGUACACCCCACAGGGGCGAAUUCCCUUCCGACAGGUUGCGCUCGGGAUGGAAAAAGGGAACCAAGGGAGUUUAGAGAUCCUGAUGUAAGCUACCCUUCGUACCCAAAAGACUCAUGGGAGGGCUUUCAUUCGAAUGCGGAUGAUGUACAGUGGGAGUGGGUGAAUACGCUGCUGAACAUCUACAAGAGAGUCGACAAGGAUCGACUGCCGUGGCAGUCGGAUUUCAUGAAUCUCGAUCGGAUGAGCUUCCCUUCGAAUUCGAAGGAGGUGCUCUCGCGGAUUAAUCUAAACGUCCCUUAUUACGCUUUGAACUAUUUAGAGUUAUCCUGCAUGAUAACGCUGCCCUUUUUGUUUUUCUAUAACCUUCCAUUCUUUGUGGUUUAUUUUAUCACGUCUAUGCUAGUCUACGGCGUCUUAGUGAACGGUAUCAAGACGAGUCAAUCGCACAACUUCGUCUGCCUGUGGGGUUUCCAAAUCGCCUACCACAUCCUCGGCCACACCUUGCUCUUCGCGUAUCUGGUGAUUCUUCUUUUCUUCGACGGCGUGAAGACGGGGCUGGUGGUGUUCUGGAUGAAUCUUCUUAUCGUCAUUCCCCACGCCAUCUGGCGAACACCGCCGUACUUUGAUGAUGAAAAGCUGGAAAAAUGCCGGCCGAGGUUGGUGCGCUACGCCUUGAUGUUGAUCAUGCUAUUCUUAGUCUACCUCGAAGGCGAACUCCUCAGCCCAGAGGAGGAGAUGCUUGUGAACGAAAAUCUGUCCAAUGCACAGAAAGAACGAGAGAGACUGAAGAUAACUUUCAAGGACACUCCGGAAUAUUAG